GUCACGUGGGCACAAACGUUUUGAACGUCUGACAGAAGUAGGUUACAACCUACGACGCGAGACGUUGUGUUAUUGUUUGGCACUUGUUUUGUUGGAAAAAACGAAAGUAAUCAAGCCAACUGUAAACGUUUUGCAACGCAUAUUUUACACCACAAUCGCGUGAAAAUGGUCCUGAAAAACUUGCUGCCUUUUGCUUCAGGACUGUGGACAGACACGGGUGCUCUGUUGCUGUUUUUCUUCCUGUUUCUCUUGAUCGCGGACCGUCUGAGGAACACAAAAGCCAGAAACUAUCCACCUGGACCGACACCUCUCCCCUUCAUCGGGAAUUUAUUUAAUCUGGAUGCCAAACAACCUCACAUUCACUUGACGAAGUUGUCAGAUCACUACGGCAAUAUUUUCAGCCUGCGUCUGGGAAGUCUGAACACUGUCGUUGUGAAUAAAUACAGCAUGGUAAAGGAAGCUCUUAUUGAUCAAGCAAACAUUUUCACAGGCCGUCCAACUAAUGAUGUGCUUGAAAGAAUAAUGAAGUGCCAAGGUGUAACCUUUAAUAAUGGCUACAGCUGGAAGCAACAGAGGCGUUUCACUCUUAGUACUCUCAAAUAUUUUGGUGUGGGAAAGAAGAGCUUGGAAUCCAGCAUCAUGGAAGAGUACGAAUUCCUGCACCAGGCAAUCAUGGAUACCAAUGGAGUGCCAUUCGACCCCCAUUAUUUUAUUAACAAUGCUGUCUCCAACAUCAUUUGCUGCAUGGUGUUUGGAAGGAGGUUUGAGUACACCGACCAGAGGUUUCAAAAGAUGCUAGGUCUGUUGUCUAAAGCCCUUAAACUACAGACAUCAGUGUGGAUUCAGCUUUAUGGGGCUUUUCCUGCUAUAAUGGAUCUUCUGCCAGGACCUCAUAAGGACCUUUUCUCCUGCUUUGAACAAGUUCGUGAUUUUAUUAAGGAAGAGGUUGAUAAACAUUAUGAAGACUGGGAUAGUUCAUCACCCAGAGAUUUUAUAGACUGCUAUCUAACUGAGAUGCAGAAGAGAAAAGAUGAUCUGGAAGCAGGAUUUCAUGAAGAGGGUCUGCAUUACAGCGUUCUUGAUUUGUUUGUGGCAGGAACCGAGACCACAUCAACCACACUUUUGUGGGCUUUUGUGUACAUGAUAAAAUACCCAGAAAUCAAAGAAAAGGUUCAAGCAGAAAUAGACAAAGUUGUUGGACGAUCCCGCCGACCCAGGAUAGAUGACAGAGCCAACAUGCCAUACACUGAUGCUGUCAUUCAUGAGGUCCAGAGAAUAGGCAAUGUUGUGCCCCUCAGUGUGCCAAGAAUGACUAAUGAGAAUACAAUAUUAGGAGGAUAUUUCAUUCCAAAGGGUACACAGAUCAUACCAAACCUGACAUCGGUACUUUCUGAGGAGACAAUGUGGAAGUCACCAAAUGUAUUUGACCCCCAUAAUUUUCUCAACACUGAAGGAAGGUUUGAAAAACCUGAGGCUUUUAUUCCUUUUUCAGCAGGAAAACGCUCAUGUCCAGGAGAAACGCUUGCACGUACGGAGCUGUUUCUCUUCUUUACAUCCCUUUUACAAUCUUUCAGUCUCUCUCCUGCAGUGGGAACUCAAAUAAGCCUAGACUUUAAAUUUGGAAUGACACUUUCCCCAAAGCCAUUUAAAAUAAGUUUCAUUCCCCGUUAGUAGGAUUACACAAAUUUUGUUGCAAUGCACAUAUUGUAUUCUAGAAAACUGAGGUUGUACUGAUUUAUGUCCAAGUAAAAUUGCCUUUAGUAUUUAAAAAAAAAACAAAUGUUACCUUCAGGGAGCAGGUGAAAAUGUCAUGCAUUCCUUUU